UAGAUUCUCCAGUGAAAAAGGAGCCCUUUCCCUCUCCCAGUAAUCCCUCUGUCAGCUAGCAAAGAUAGAGUCCGAUCGGAAGAGAAAAAAACCUUCUUCGAUCUCAUCAGCAGAUCGAACGGCAGCGAAGUUAGCGGCAUCAGAAGCAGCGAAAACAAGAGAGAGAGGAAGAGAGAGGAGCGAGAAGAAAUCGAAAAUGGCGUCGGCUAAUCAAGUGAGGGCUUCUCACAUCCUCAUAAAGCACGAGGGCUCUCGCAGGAAGGCAUCUUGGAAGGAUCCAGAAGGCCGUGUCAUCAAAAACACCACCAGAGAGAGCGCCGUCUCUCAGCUCAAAGCCUUCCGUGAUGACAUCGUUUCUGGCAAGGUUAAGUUCGAGGACAUCGCCUCCCGAUUCUCGGACUGUAGCUCUGCUAAGCGUGGCGGCGAUCUUGGUCCAUUUGGUCGGGGACAAAUGCAAAAGCCUUUCGAAGAUGCUACAUAUGAUCUGAAAGUUGGUGAGAUAAGUGACAUUGUGGAUACUGAUAGUGGCGCCCACAUCAUAUUGAGGACUGGUUGAAGCGGAAAGGAGAUGCAUUCGUCUUAUUUGGCAAAUUUUAUUUUGUGUGAAGCAAACAUAUUUGAGUAUUGAGUCAUUGAUACUCUGGAUAAAAUGAGCCUCUAGUCAUAUGCUGCAGAUUAAUCUGGUGAUAACCCUAUAAUGUGCAGCGGUAUUGGCUCAUUGAUUGUGUUUGAGGCAUCAAGACUGAUAUGAUGUUUGUGCUUUAUUUACAUUGCUAUGAAACUUAUGAUAAUAGGACAUUGUUAGUUUGUGGUUUGUGGUU